UCACCCGGACGAUCAGACUACACCUUCACACUAGGCACAAAGUAAUCAAAAUCAAACCAUGGGAACUCGAGGAGUAACCAUGAAAACCGUAACUUGGAAACGCCAUGGGCGUCUCUGCAUGGGUUCAAACUCCCCAUGUCACGUGAUGUCGAGGAAUCGUUUUAUAUCUCGAGUUUGAUUAAGGUUAUUCUGAUCUCCUUGUUGUAACAACCUGCUCAAGAAAUGAGCGUAGAAUCAUGUAAGAAGAACCAAUCAAAUUCCAAGAGCAUUGCAAAGAGGCGUCUAAAAUAUGAUUCAGUUUGAAAAACGCAAAGUGAGCCAAACAAUGAUGACACAAGUAGCUAACUGAGUUCUUUUGAUUACGAUCUUUUUGACAUUAGGAGGUCUUUCUGUGACAUCAAAAAACGUGUCUCCACACAACUGAAGUUCGUUUCGUAGAGCCGUAACACUUUGGAAUGCUUGUAACUCACUGAGUCCCAAACAAUAACCUUUGCUUGACUCUUGAAUGAAUCGUUAGUUCGCGAAAAACUGCGUCGGCUCAAUGAUUUCUUAAUUUUUGAUGUAUGACUCAACAGCGGAUAUGGUAUCUCUUUCAUUCGUUUUCCGAUCGGGCGAGAAAAAACAAACGAUACUGGGAUCAGUGCUAAUUGUAAGAGAUAAAUGUUCAUUUUAGGAACCCCUUUGUUCUUUUCCCUUGCUGACACAUUCCGUAAUACAACUGGGGUUUUCUUUUCAUAGGAAGGACAGAGUCAGUCUUGAAAACUGUUCUUUCCCAAUUGUCAAUUGUAACCUAUCAGCUUCGUGCUAAGUGAUAUUUUUUACUUUCCAAACGGCCUGUUUACCGUGAAAUUCUUACUUAAUUAGUUUGCCCUAAGCAAUGGCAGUUCAUAUUCAAGUGAUUGUUUUAUCAAAGAGAGCGUUAAUCCGUUUUCCUCUAAAGUAGGAAAAACAAAUAAAGGCCUUUAUGCGUUCAUUUCUGAAAAUUGAAUACUGGUUCUUGGUUACAGAGUUGGCAAAGUUUGAUAAUUCUGCAGACAACAUUUCCAAGGAAAUUUCGGCAGGGAUCGUCUGAUGCGAAGCUUUCAGAUCGUUGUUGCUAUCAAUGAAAGCCUAACUUGAUGUGUAAACGAGCUUUGAAUAGCAUGCAGCAGAAUAAGCACCCCCUCGAGAGGUCGCUCUGUUAGCACUAUUGCUCCCGUUAAUUUUAAUAGUACUUAGCUUGUAUAACGAUUUCAAAGGCAAAUACUGGAGCACGCUAAAUAUGUGGGACUUUUGAAUUCGUCGAUUACAUUCCACUUGGGAAUAAACACACCAAACAUACUUAAAAGCGACACCUUUUGUUGACAUGGCAACCAAGAGUUUAUGAAUCGUAACCGACCCUUGAGUUAAUUCAGUUUGAAUCUGUGAGCCGUCUAGAGCACUAUCUAAUAAGUAAGACAUUACUUAAGCGUGGUCAUCGAAACUGAAACACUAUAACUAUAAAAAUGCGUGAAAUUGUUCAUAUGCAAGCUGGCCAGUGUGGAAACCAGAUUGGCGCCAAAUUUUGGGAGGUUAUCUCGGACGAACACGGCAUCGAUCCAACAGGAACCUACCAUGGAGAUUCCGACCUCCAGUUGGAGAGAAUUAAUGUUUAUUACAACGAAGCUACAGGUGGAAAAUAUGUCCCGCGUGCUGUUUUAGUCGAUUUAGAACCGGGUACCAUGGAUUCUGUGAGAUCUGGGCCAUUUGGGCAAAUAUUUAGACCAGACAACUUCGUCUUUGGCCAAUCUGGAGCAGGAAAUAACUGGGCGAAAGGACAUUACACCGAAGGGGCGGAAUUAAUCGAUUCAGUUCUGGACGUUGUUCGCAAAGAAGCAGAGGGUUGCGAUUGCGUUCAAGGCUUUCAGCUCACGCAUUCCUUAGGCGGCGGAACAGGCUCAGGAAUGGGAACCCUUCUUAUUUCGAAGAUCAGAGAAGAAUAUCCUGACAGAAUCAUGAACACCUUCAGCGUCGUACCGUCACCAAAAGUUUCAGACACCGUUGUGGAGCCUUACAACGCCACUCUGUCCGUACAUCAGUUGGUUGAGAACACAGAUGAAACGUACUGCAUCGACAAUGAAGCACUUUACGAUAUCUGCUUCAGAACUCUGAAGCUCACUACACCAACCUAUGGCGACUUGAACCACCUUGUAUCAGCUACCAUGAGCGGUGUAACAACUUGCCUACGAUUCCCUGGCCAGCUGAAUGCUGAUCUCAGGAAAUUGGCAGUGAACAUGGUUCCUUUCCCGCGUCUUCACUUCUUCAUGCCUGGAUUUGCUCCCCUCACAAGCAGAGGAUCCCAGCAGUACCGUGCACUCACUGUACCUGAGCUUACUCAACAGAUGUUUGACGCCAAGAACAUGAUGGCUGCCUGUGAUCCAAGGCACGGACGUUACCUGACAGUAGCAGCCAUGUUCCGAGGCCGUAUGUCCAUGAAGGAAGUUGAUGAACAGAUGUUGAACGUGCAGAACAAGAACAGCUCCUACUUUGUGGAAUGGAUCCCCAACAAUGUGAAGACCGCUGUCUGUGAUAUCCCUCCCCGUGGAUUGAAGAUGUCUUCUACCUUCAUUGGCAACAGCACAGCCAUCCAGGAACUGUUCAAGCGGAUCAGCGAACAGUUCACCGCUAUGUUCAGGCGCAAAGCCUUCUUGCACUGGUACACUGGAGAGGGUAUGGAUGAGAUGGAGUUCACUGAGGCCGAAUCCAACAUGAAUGAUCUUGUGUCUGAGUAUCAGCAAUACCAGGAUGCCACAGCUGAAGAUGAAGGGGAGUUUGAUGAGGAAGAAGACGAGGGUGAAGCAGCAUAAAUCAAAGGUUCGCUUGUUAAACAAGCAGUCGUCAUAUUUUAAUUCAUCGACAGGAAGAAACUAUUAAUAUCAGUCCUUUAAAAUAAGUCUGUUGUAGCGGAACUCUCCUCACAGAAAUCUGUACAUACAAUCAUAUAUCGUACUAUCGGGGAGAACUUUAUUGUAGACGAAUGACAACUUGCUUUCCUCUUAAACUCCUCUCACACACGAAGCAUAGUAGAUUUGCAAUGGAUAAAGGGAAUCUACAGCGGAAUUUUUCCUGUGAAAUCUCAGUUGGUCACUUUUUUUACUUGCUAUUUCAUCAUUCAUACCGCGAUAAACCACGCUACAAAAUCUAGAAACUAAAUCACAUGGUGUAUUUUUCAUCAUCAUUUGUCAUUUUGUACUCAUACU